AUGGGACCUUCUUUUGUGGCUUCCCCUCUCUGCACAUGGCUAGUGGCUGCAUGCAUGUCUGUAACGUACGACAAACAUCGCUCUAAAAGGUUCCCCAUGCAUCAGCAUCAGUCUCCAAAGAGGCUUAGUCAAUGGGCAACUAGGCCAAAGAAGUUCUUGUCCAAAUGCAUUAAUGGUGGACGACCUUCUGAUUGUACAAGUAUAAUGCUUUCACCUUUCUGUGGAUAUGGUAUUCAAAAUUUGAUUUCAUGUCUUGCACUUGAACCGUACAAGGAAUGUUAUAAUUCAAUGGGGCUAUCUUCCUACUUGUCCUCCUUUGUCAACAAUGCCUCUUCCCUCUUUGGCUCAAAAGCGGCCUCAUCUGGAAGGAUUUAUUCAACAAGUCUAGCUUCCAAUUCAGGCAAAACUAUGGCGGUGACGAUGAAUCCUUCAGAGAAAGUCACCAGAAAGAAGAAACCACUCAUAGAGCGAAGGGUUGUUGUAACAGGGUUAGGAGUAGUAACCCCAGUUGGUCACGAUCCAGAUUUCUUCUAUAAUAAUCUCCUCAGUGGCAUCAGUGGUAUUAGUGAAAUAGAGGGCUUCGACUGCACACAGUUUCCAACGAGAAUUGCUGGAGAAAUCAAGUCCUUCUCAGCAGAUGGAUGGGUCUCAUCUAAGCUUAUUAAAAGAGCGGACAAAUUCAUGCUUUACAUGCUCACUGCUGGUAAGAAAGCAUUGACAGAUGGCGGAAUCACAGAGGAAGUUGCUGCAAAGUUAGACAAAAGUAGAUGCGGAGUUAUAAUUGGCUCAGCACUAGGAGGCAUGCAGGUGUUUAGUGAUGCUAUAGAAGCACUGAGGGUUUCGUACAAAAAGAUGAACCCUUUUUGUGUACCUUUUGCUACAACUAAUAUAGGUUCUGCUCUCCUAGCGAUGGAUCUGGGAUGGAUGGGCCCCAACUACUCGAUCUCGACAGCUUGUGCUACAAGUAACUUUUGCAUACUGAGUGCAGCAAAUCAUAUCACUAGAGGUGAAACUGACAUGAUGCUCUGUGGAGGUUCUGAUGCAGCAGUUAUCCCAGUUGGCUUGGGAGGUUUUGUGGCUGUCAAAGCUCUUUCCCAACGGAAUAAUGAACCAACCAAGGCUUCACGUCCAUGGGAUUGUAAUCGUGAUGGAUUUGUUUUGGGAGAAGGAGCUGGAGUUCUCCUUUUGGAAGAACUUGAACAUGCUAAGGAAAGAGGAGCAACAAUAUAUGCAGAGUUUCUGGGUGGAAGCUUCACCUGUGAUGCAUAUCACAUGACUGAGCCUCAUCCUGACGGAAUUGUUCUUUGCAUAGAGAAGGCCUUAGCGCAGUCAGAGGUUGCCAGAAGAGAUGUUAAUUAUAUAAAUGCGCACGCUGCAUCUACUCUGACAGGUGAUCUAAAAGAAUAUGAAGCUGUGAUCCGUUGUUUUGGAAAGAACCCAGAGCUUAGGAUAAACUCAACAAAAUCCAUGAUUGGUCAUUUACUAGGGGCCUCAGGAGCUGUGGAAGCAGUUGCAACAGUUAUGGCAGUAAAGACGGGAUGGAUCCAUCCAAAUAUCAACCUGGAGAACCCAGAUAAGAACGUGGACUCGAGUUUCAUUGUGGGCUCGCAGAAGGAACGUUUGGACAUCAAGGUGGCUCUUUCAAACUCAUUCGGUUUUGGUGGACACAACUCGUCUAUUUUGUUUGCACCUUACAUUGCAGAUGAAUCUGAAUCUGGCGUGUGAAGACAAAUACGAGGUUCGGACAACGUUAAUAAA